GAGGGCUUCCUUAUGAACUGACAGAAGGAGACAUCAUCUGUGUGUUCUCACAAUAUGGGGAGAUUGUCAACAUUAAUCUUGUGAGAGACAAGAAGACGGGCAAGUCCAAGGGAUUCUGUUUCCUGUGCUACGAAGAUCAGAGGAGCACAGUUCUGGCUGUUGACAAUUUCAAUGGAAUUAAGGUAACUGCUUACUAUGCAGGAUUUGACUGGAUUUUUCCUGUGUAUGGGUUAGGCGGCAUUCUUUUUUUUUUUUGUCUCCUGUUUACAGGUGUAGGAAUAGUACUGGUCAGCUGGAUGUAUUGUGGGGGUUGUAGAGCUUAUAGUCCAAUACUCAGUUGGAACAGAAAGGUCCUGUUUGACAGGAGUAGAGAAAGAUCAAAGGAUAUCCGUGUGGACCAUGUGUCAAGCUUCAGGGCUCCUCAGGAAUCAGAAGACAUGGAUGAAGUGACCAGAGAGCUCCAGGAGAAGGGCUGUGGUGCUAAAACACCUCCAUCAAGUUCUACUGAGGUGUCUGAAGAUGAAGAUGUCAAGCCCACCAUAAAGCACAAAAAAGACAAAAAAGAGAAAAAGAAAAAAAAGAAAGAAAAAGAGAAGAUGGAGCACAAGGUACAAGCAGAGCCGCCAUCCUGUUCUUUGCCCUCUGGAAGCAGGGCAGUAAAGGAGAAGGAUGAAGAGGGCCCAAAGAAGCACAGCAGCAAGACCUCAGAGAAAGCCCAGAAGUCGGAAUCCAGAGAGGGGAGGAAGAACCACACAGGCUUUCCUGAUAUCAGGAGUUCCUUCCAUGGUAGAGCAGAGGCCCCCAAGUGGGAGCCAAAGAAAGAGAAACCCAAGCAUGAGCAUAAGUCCUCGAGCAGGAGGGAGGGAGAAGAAAAGAGCAGAGGUAAGGAUAGAGGGAGGAGCUCAGGUACUCAUACCAGCAGGCAUGGCGGUAGAAGUCGGAGUCGUAGGAGUCGGAGUCGUAGGAGUCGGAGUCUGGAUAAGUCCUAUAGGCAUAAAAAGCACAGGCAGUCCCGGGAGCGGGAGUCCUACCAUGCCAGUUACCGUCGACAUUAUUGA